CUGAAUUCCCUCUCUGUGUUCUUUUAUUCCAUUCUACUAAAACAUGUAAACGCAAUUUCUAAGUCCCCUCUAGAAAUUUAGUUGCGGUAGGUAUGCUGGCUGAUGCAAUUUGGCGGUAAAUUCAGUUAAAAUAAACAUGCUCUCAAACCGUGGCUGCUUGCAACAUUUAGAGAAUGAGAUGGUUCACUCAACAACUGGGAGGAUUGUCAUUCAGCACAGCAUACAUUUGCAGGAGUUUUUCUCUAAAUUCAACAAGUGAGGUGAUUGAUAUAUCUAAGGGCAAAACACAAUGACAGUUGAGAAAAGGUUUGUUUUGGUGGGGAUUAGAAUCGAUGGCAAUAGUAGACAACUACUCGACUGGGCUCUUGUUAAAGUUGCUGAACCUGGGGAUUGUGUUAUUGCAGUUCAUGUUGUUAAAAGUUCAGAUUAUGUUUCCAAAAACAAGACCCUGAUAGAUAGCUAUUUAGAGGUUUAUGAAGGCCUAUGUGGUGUGAAAAAGGUUGGUCUCACCGGUCAAAUAUUAACAGGAAGCUCCAUCAGAAACAUUCUUGUUAGAGAAGCAAAAAACCAUGCUGCUCUGGCUCUAGUGGUAGGGGGUCGCGCUGCCACAGCUAAAUAUUGCGCCAAACGACUACCACCCACCACCAAUGUUCUAGCCAUUCAAGACUCGAGAAUUGUCUUCAGGAGGUGCACCAAUAAACAACUACCAGGUGGUCCUAUGCUGGAUCCAAGGCCAAGUUUAACAAUCAUUGAAAACACAUGUCACUCAGUGGUGGAGAUUGAGAAAUCAACAAGGCAAAAUAGUUUAGAGUUGAAGGAAGAAGAAUUUAACGUAUCAGAAAGGUGCAAGUCAAGGUCAAUAUCUAUGUUUGCAGGUGACCCUACUGAGCAGAAACUUGGGUGGCCUCUACUCCGCAGAGCCAAUUCAGGAAUCUCACAUGCAAGGGACAUGUCAGUGGUACAAUGGGUAAUGAGCUUACCAGACCGCUCACCACAUAAAAGUCCUCACUUUUUUUCCAUUGAGGAAAAUCCAUCAGAAAGGGGCAUCAGUGACUUUGAGGAUGAGAGCUCUAAAAAUUCUUCACCUACAUCUGUUGAAAUACCAAAGGGCUUAGAGACGUUAAAUGUAAAUUCACCCAAUUGCAAGUGGUUCAGCCUUGAGGUUCUCAAGUCUUGCACUAGCCAAUUCUCUUCAGGUAACUUGAUUGGGAAAGGAGGGAGCAAUCGUGUGUACAAAGGAGUCCUCCCUGAUGGAAAGCCAAUCGCAGUCAAAGUGUUGCAGUCAUCAAAAGGAGCCUGGAAAGAUUUUGCUCUUGAGGUGGAAAUAAUAUCCUCAUUGAAGCACAAUAGCGUUACCCCUUUACUUGGGAUUUGCAUAGAAGACAAUGCUUUAAUCUCUGUUUAUGAUUAUUUCCCCAAAGGGAGCUUAGAGGAAAAUCUGCAUGGGAAGAACAUGGACGGAUCCAUCUUGCCAUGGGAAGUGAGAUUUAAUGUAGCUGUUGGGAUCGCUGAGGCCCUUGAUUACCUACACGUGGAAGCUUUGAAGCCUGUUAUACAUAGAGAUGUCAAGUCUUCAAACAUUCUUCUUUACCAUGGGUUUGAACCUCAGUUGUCUGAUUUCGGACUUGCAAUAUGGGGACCAACAACUUCAUCCUUUUUGACACAAGAAGAUGUAGUAGGAACAUUUGGUUAUCUUGCUCCUGAAUACUUCAUGUAUGGAAAGGUUAGUGACAAGAUAGAUGUCUACGCCUUUGGUGUAGUACUUCUUGAACUAAUAUCAGGAAGGGAACCAAUCAGCUCUGAACCAUGCAAGGGACAAGAGAGCUUGGUCGUGUGGGCAAAACCAAUGAUAGAGAGUGGGGAUAUUAAAUGCUUAUUGGACCCAAAUUUAGAACGGAAAUUCGAUGAGGCCCAAUUGCAAAGAAUGGUUCUGGCAGCAUCUUUGUGCAUCACACGGGCUGCUCGGCUCCGUCCUAAACUGAAGCAGAUAUUGAAGAUCCUAAAAGGAGAAGAGGAAGUUGAAUAUUUCUUCAACUCCCAUGGGAAUGAUCACGGAGACUCAGAAAAUCAAGAGAACAUUGAUGAUGAAGUCUAUCCAAAUUCAAGUGCUGAGUUACACCUGAGUCUUGCAUUACUUGGUGUUGACGAUGACAUUACAUCACAUAGUAGCACAGACCACAGUUAUAGUGAACACUUGAAAGAACAAUGGAGCAGAUCAUCGAGUUUUAAUUAGUUUCUGUCAAUUCCAACACAUGUUUAUCAAUAAAUUUGCGCGUGUAAAGUUACAAUGCAAAAAAGAAAAGAAAAAAAGAAGGAACUGCACCCCUAGAUGAGGUGGUUUGUAGAUUUAGAUAGAUAGGCAAUUUUUUCUUUUGUAUUUAUCCCACGAAGAAUGAAUUAACUUUUGGUAGAUGCAUCCAUCAUUGGCUAUAUUUGAAUAUGCUACUAUUUAU